AAUCAGUUUCUCAAAGAACUUCGGCCUGUGCGGUUUACUAAAAGCCUGAUAGAAUAAAUAAAAUUAAGUAAACAAAUAAUAACCCGUUGUUUCUCGCACGCGAUCUUCGGAGAGUUAUCAAUACUCGUAUAAAAAAAAGUAAUUGAUUACAAAUUUUAUCUCGUGUUUCGUGUCGUUACUGUUUUUUUUUUUUUGAUCCAAAAGGUGACGUUCGUAACGGAGGCCACACUGAACUCAGUGGCGAGGAAACCUUAACGCUCAUCCGAAAUUCUCUGACGUCGCCACAAAUGAAGGAAGACGGGUGUUGUUUCGAUGGCAAUUGUCCCCAUGUAUUCAUCGUUUUCGGUGCUUCGGGCGAUUUGGCGCGAAAAAAGAUUUAUCCAACACUUUGGUGGCUUUUCCGUGACAACUUGUUGCCUUCGAGCACGAUAAUUUUCGGAUAUGCUCGUACCGCGCUCUCUAUUCCCCAAUUGCGUGCCAAAUGCGAUCCAUACAUGAAAGUACGUCCCGAAGAACAAGAGCAAUACGAGAAAUUUUGGACGUUGAAUCAAUACGUUGCUGGAAGUUACAAUACGCGUCGCGAUUUCGAGUUGCUUAAUCAGGAAAUCGGCAAAUUCGAAAAAUGUCAAACGAUGAAUCGCUUAUUUUAUCUUGCACUGCCGCCAUCAGUAUUCGAAGACGUUACGGUACACAUUAAGGAGUCUUGCAUGGGCAAAAAGGGAUGGAAUCGCAUAAUUGUCGAGAAACCCUUUGGUCGAGAUGCUGCUUCGUCGAAAAAGUUGAGUGAUCAUCUUGCCAGUUUGUUCCAUGAGGAUCAACUUUACCGCAUCGAUCAUUAUUUGGGCAAAGAAAUGGUUCAAAAUCUCAUGACAAUCCGUUUUGGUAAUCAAAUUUUCGCGCCAACGUGGAAUCGAAUGAAUAUCGCUUCUGUGCUCAUUACGUUCAAAGAACCUUUUGGCACACAAGGGCGCGGAGGAUAUUUCGAUGAAUUUGGAAUUAUUCGGGAUGUCAUGCAAAAUCACUUGUUGCAAAUUUUAUCGUUGGUAGCGAUGGAAAAGCCCGUCAGUAUUCAUCCCGACGACAUUCGUGAUGAAAAAGUGAAGGUUUUGAAGUGUGUGGAGCAACUUACGAUGGAUGACGUUGUACUUGGGCAAUAUGUUGGCAAUCCCGAUGGCAAAGAUGAGGAUUCGAAACUCGGAUAUUUGGAUGAUCCAACUGUACCGAAAGGCUCAAAGACUCCAACGUAUGCUCUUGCCGUGUUGAAGAUCAAAAACGAACGAUGGGAUGGCGUUCCGUUCAUUUUGCGCUGCGGAAAGGCUUUGAACGAACGAAAAGCUGAAGUUCGCAUCCAAUAUCGUGACGUGCCCGGCGACAUUUUCCAUGGAAAACCGAAACGAAAUGAACUCGUUAUUCGUGUGCAGCCAGGAGAAGCGUUGUACGUCAAAAUGAUGACCAAAACGCCCGGAAUUAACUUUGACUUGGAAGAAACUGAGCUGGAUCUCACAUACGGUCAUCGUUAUCAAGAAAUUCACUUACCCGAUGCCUAUGAACGACUCAUCCUCGACGUUUUUUGCGGUUCUCAGAUGCAUUUCGUGCGUUCUGAUGAGCUGAGUGAAGCAUGGCGUAUUUUCACACCCCUUUUGCAUUACAUCGAGCAAAAUCAUCCAGAGCCUAUUCCGUAUCUGUAUGGAUCUCGAGGACCGAAAGCUGCUGAUAUCAAGUGCGACGAUGUCGAUUUCAAAUAUUACGGAUCCUACAAAUGGCACAUGGACAAGAACAAUAAAGCUAAAAUGUAAAAAAAAAUAAAUUGUUGUUGUUGCCUUCAAAUAGUUUUAAAGGAUUUUUUAUGAUAUUUUUACGAUACAAAGUUAUUUAUGUGGAACGCUUUACACAGGAAACGGGAAAUUUGUUGAAAAUAAAAAAUUUCUAUUUUUUUGUACAA